CCUGCAAUUCGCAGAGCCAAUCACCAAACCGGGCCCUAGAACUUUCCUUAUAUGGCAUGGCCAGUGGGGAGCGUGCAGUAUAAAACCGGUGCCGAGCCCAUUUUCGGUCAGUGACCGACCGCAUACUAUCAAGCUCUAGACAGGAACGCAUCACAAGAUAACCAUGGAAGACGAUAUUGCUGCACUUGUUAUCGACAAUGGCUCUGGAAUGUGCAAAGCUGGCUUUGCUGGAGAUGAUGCUCCCCGUGCUGUCUUCCCUUCCAUCGUGGGUCGCCCCAGACAUCAGGGAGUCAUGGUUGGAAUGGGACAGAAAGAUAGCUAUGUAGGAGAUGAAGCUCAGAGCAAGAGGGGUAUAUUGACCCUGAAGUAUCCAAUUGAGCAUGGCAUUGUCACAAACUGGGAUGACAUGGAGAAGAUCUGGCACCACACAUUCUACAAUGAAUUGAGAGUUGCCCCUGAAGAGCACCCUGUUCUACUAACUGAAGCACCUCUUAAUCCCAAAGCAAACAGAGAGAAAAUGACUCAGAUCAUGUUUGAAACAUUCAAUACUCCUGCAAUGUAUGUUGCCAUUCAAGCUGUUCUGUCCCUGUAUGCUUCUGGACGUACUACUGGUAUUGUGAUGGACUCUGGUGAUGGUGUCACUCACACUGUGCCAAUAUAUGAAGGCUAUGCACUGCCCCAUGCCAUCCUACGUCUUGACUUGGCUGGACGUGACCUGACAGACUACCUCAUGAAAAUUCUUACUGAGAGAGGUUAUAGCUUUACUACCACUGCAGAAAGGGAAAUUGUACGUGAUAUUAAAGAGAAGCUGUGUUAUGUGGCUCUGGAUUUUGAACAAGAAAUGUCCACAGCUGCUUCUUCCUCAUCCCUGGAAAAAAGCUAUGAGUUGCCUGAUGGGCAGGUUAUAACUAUUGGUAAUGAGAGGUUCAGAUGUCCAGAAGCCCUCUUCCAGCCUUCCUUCCUUGGUAUGGAGUCAAGUGGUAUUCAUGAAACAACAUACAACUCCAUUAUGAAGUGUGAUGUGGAUAUUCGUAAAGAUCUUUAUGCUAACACUGUACUGUCUGGAGGCACCACGAUGUAUCCAGGAAUUGCUGACAGAAUGCAGAAAGAAAUCACUGCACUGGCUCCAAGCACCAUGAAAAUUAAGAUUAUUGCACCACCUGAGCGCAAGUACUCUGUUUGGAUUGGAGGAUCCAUUUUGGCCUCUCUGUCAACCUUUCAGCAAAUGUGGAUCAGCAAGCAAGAGUAUGAUGAGUCUGGGCCCUCAAUUGUCCAUCGCAAAUGCUUCUAAACAAACUGACCCUUGUAUUGAGUGUAUUUGCGCAGAAAGAUCAUUGGCAUGGCUUUUCUUUUUGUUGGUGCUUCGCUCAGGACUUUAAAAAAAAAAACAAAAAAAACUGGAAUGAAGAUGGCAGGAAAACUACCUACAGUACAUCUAAGGACUGACACCCCAUGUAAUGCAUUGUUCUGAAAUUGUCAUACUGGAUACUUCUCAUUUGGAGCUCUUAAAAUGAUUGUGUUGCUUAUAUGUGCAGCUAUAUACCAACAUGUCUGUUCUGCCCUAAACAAUGUAACUCCUUUUUAGGUUCAUGAAUGGGUUAUGUUCAUAACACUUAAAGUUUGUCAAUCUUGGUAAGAUAUGAAGGGUCACCUGAGAAAUUAAAUGAAACUUAAAUAAAAAAAGAAAAUGGUUAUUGUACUGUAAA